UGUCGUCAUCGCAACCUUUCCCAGAAGCGGUACGACGUGGACACAAGAGAUUGUGUGGACGAUGAGGAAUGGUUUGGAUUUCAAUAUGGCAUCCACAGUUUCCCUCGACGUCCGGUCGCCUUUCUUAGAGUAGUGUACGUUGCAAGGAAUCCCCGCGACGUGUGUGUGUCUUACUAUCAUCACCAGAAGUCCUUGAAAGUUGCAGAAUUUAUUGGAGACUUUCCUGAUUUUGUCGAUUUUUGGUGUCGCGAUUUAUGUCUUCAAGCACCUUAUUGGGAGCACCUGAAGGAGGCUUGGGAGCUGCGAAAUCACCACAAUUUCCUUUUCCUCUUCUAUGAGGAUAUGAAAGAAAACCUGAUGAGGGAACUAAAGCGCCUUGAUGCCUUCCUCGGUACGGGACUGGCAGAGGAGCAGCUCCACCAAGUUGCCGAGUUCACCGGUAUUUCUCGUAUGAAAAACAGGAGCUCUGUUAAUCCGGGAUCCAGUUCUUACUCUGAACAAGCUUUGAAAGAUGGAAGGCGUGACUUUAUUAGAAAUGGAAUUACUGGAGAUUGGAUGAAUUACUUCAAUCCUGAACUGGAAGCCAAGUUUCAAGCAUGGAUGAAGAAAGGUGAAAAAGUGGCUGAGAAGAUCCCGUUCAAGUAUCAUAUUCAGCAAGCAUAGACAACUGAACUCAUGGAGUGCAAAUAACAUAAAGACACGACUAAAGAAUGAUCUGACAGCUUGAUCAUCCUGUUUUGGUGGGAAAAAAAAUAUGAACGUUGUUUUAGAAAUCAUAUUUCCAGAUGGUACAUACACGGUGAUUUAGUAAAAUAAAGGUAUUAAUGGCUGAAAACUGUA